AUGAAGGAGAAGUCGAAAACGGCCGCGAGGACUAGACGCGAGAAGGAGAACAGCGAGUUUUACGAGCUGGCCAAAAUGCUGCCGCUGCCCUCCGCCAUCACGUCGCAGCUGGACAAGGCCUCCAUCAUCCGGCUGACCACCAGCUACCUGAAGAUGCGCAUCGUGUUCCCCCAGGGUUUGGGCGAGGCCUGGGGUCACACGAGUCGGUCCCGGUCUUUGGAUAACAUCGGGCGAGAGCUGGGGUCGCAUUUGCUGCAGACAUUGGACGGUUUCAUUUUUGUCGUGGCUCCCGAUGGCAAAAUCAUGUACAUCUCUGAAACGGCGUCGGUGCAUUUGGGCUUGUCUCAGGUAGAGCUGACCGGGAACAGCAUUUACGAGUACGUGCACCCCGCUGACCACGACGAGAUGACCGCUGUGCUCACGCCGCACCAGCCCUACCACACGCACUUCCUCCAGGAAUACGAAGUGGAGCGAUCCUUCUUUCUGAGGAUGAAGUGCGUCCUGGCCAAAAGGAACGCGGGCCUGACCAGCGGGGGAUACAAGGUGAUCCACUGCUCCGGGUACCUGAAGAUCCGUCAGUACAGCCUGGACAUGUCUCCGUUCGAGGGCUGCUUCCAGAACGUGGGGCUGGUGGCGGUGGGUCACUCGCUGCCCCCGUCCGCCGUCACCGAGAUCAAACUGCACAGCAACAUGUUCAUGUUCAGAGCCAGUCUGGACAUGAAGCUCAUCUUCCUCGACUCCAGAGUGGCCGAGCUGACGGGUUACGAGCCUCAGGACCUGAUCGAGAAGACGCUGUACCACCACGUGCACAGCUGCGACACCUUCCACCUGCGCUGCGCCCACCACCUACUGCUGGUGAAGGGUCAGGUGACCACAAAGUACUACCGUUUCCUGGCCAAACACGGCGGGUGGGUUUGGGUGCAGAGCUACGCCACCAUCGUCCACAACAGCCGCUCGUCCAGACCUCACUGCAUCGUCAGCGUCAACUACGUCCUCACGGACACAGAGUACAAGGGCAUGCAGCUGUCCCUGGACCAGAUGAGUCCCACUAAACCGGCCUUCCCCUACGCCUCAGACCCCCACAGCGAAGACCGCAAGAGCUCCAAGCCCAGACUGAACCAGGGCAAGUCCAAGGCCCGCGUCUCCCCCUACCCACAGUUUUCAGCGUUUAACCCCGAGCGCUCCGAGUCGGACCAGGACAGCCAAUGGGGAGGCAGCCCUCAGACGGACUCCGCCUCCCCUCAGCUGAUGGACCCGAGCGAGGCGUCCGAUUCGUCCUGCGCGUACAGACUCUACCCCGACUCCGCCCCCCUGUACUACGGCCUGGGCCUGACGGAGGACGAGCUGAACCACGCCCACCCGUCCGCCUGCGAGCGCGUCCGGUGCCACAGCGGGCGCUACUUCCUGGGAACCCCCCAGUCGGGACGCGAGAUGUGGUGGGACGCGACCCGAUCCGUGCUGACCCUGCCCAAAGCCUCGGAGAACAGCGAGGGGUACGAGAUCACGUCGUACCACGGAGCCAUACACGGCCGCAGUCACUGGGACGAGGACAGCGUCGUGAGCUCGCCGGACGGGGGCGGAUCCACGAGCGACUCAGGUGAGCGUUACCACGGCGACCACUUCCGCACCAGCCCCCGCGAGCCCAGCAAGAUGGAGACGCUGAUCCGCGCCACGCAGCAGAUGAUCAAAGAAGAAGAAACUCGCCUCCAGCAGCAGCACCACAAAGCGCCCCCGGUGGACGUUCCCGGCAUCACCUCCAAGUCCCACAGCCCCUGUUACAGCAGCUCCGGCCUGAGCCACCACGGCGCCCUCAACAUGCCCAGCGUGGUGUGCCGGGGCCCGGGCGCUCCCAGCAUGGACCUCCCCCCCUCCGACAGACUGCACCACCUCCAGGAGCGCCUCAAACUGCCCGAGCCGGACGAGAGCACCCCGAGCCCGGCCUCCCUGUCCCGCCUCAGCAGCCCCAGCUCGGACGGGAUACCCAGAACGGGACUGCCGCUCACCACCAAAGACUACAUCCACAGCACGGAGCUCUCCCCGCACUCGGCGCCGCCAGCGCAGGGCAGCCCCACCCUCUACCCGGCCCAGGAGAGGCAGCCCAUGGACAGGCAGGCGGCGUACGCUCUGACCGGGUACUCGCUGGAGCACUUCUACGACCCGGAGAACCUCAGGAGCUACCCCGGGCUGGCGGGCUGCGCGGGGGUGCCCUACGACGUGGCCACGCACGUACGGAUGCAGGCGGAGCAGAUGCAAGCACACAAAGCAACCUCAGUCAUUAUCACCAACGGGAGCUGA